UCCCAGUUGGCACGUAUGUUGCAAAGAGAGUUCUUCAGCUUCUACAUCGUAUUACUCUCAAGAUGACAACUGUGCAUUAGAAAAUGAAGAUACAGAGUUCCAAAGAAAGGAUGAAAGAGAGGACCCUACUAAUGUUGAAUUACCAGGAAAAUUGAAUUCAUAUUUACCUAUUCACCCAGAAGAAAAUAAAUUAAAAGAUGACGACAUUGUGGAUACAAAAAAUAUGGAAUCAAAAAAGUUAAGUCCACCUGUGGUUGAAGCACUCCCUGCUGUUGAUUUACAUGGAGAUUCUUCCUCUGUAGUUGUGGGCAGUGAAAACGUUGAAAAUAUUUCCAGUUCAUCUACCUCAGAAACAACUCCAAUCUCAGAGCUUAAUGAAAUAGAAAAAUCUGGUAUAGUAUCUAUAGCCAAGCCAAGUGAAACUGAGCAGUCUGAAGCUGACUGUGAUGUUGGAGAGACUCCAGGUGUAGGUGUCCCAGUUGAACAGCCUUCUUUUGUCAGUCCACCUGAAACCCUUGUUGGCCAGCAUAUAGAAAAUGUGUCAUCUUCACAUGGCAAAGAGAAAAUAACAAGGUCGGAAUUUGAGUCAAAAGUUUCAGUGCGUGAACAAGAUGGUGAUGAUCCAAAAUCUUCAUUGAAUGUGUCAGAUAAUUUAAAAAAUGAGAGCUCUGAUUAUACCAAACCAGGAGAAACUGACCCUGCAUCUGUAGUAAACUCCAAAGAUCCAGAAGAUAUACCAACAUUUGAUGAGUGGAAGAAGAAGGUCAUGGAAGUAGAAAAAGAAAAAAGUUUGUCCACAGGUCAGUCAUUGCAUCCCUCAUCUAAUGGAGGUCCACAUGCCACCAAAAAGGUCCAGAAAAAUCGAAAUAAUUAUGCCUCAGUAGAAUGUGGUGCCAAAAUUUUGGCAGCUAAUCCAGAAGCCAAGAGCACUUCUGCUAUUCUUAUAGAGAAUAUGGACCUUUAUAUGUUGAAUCCUUGCAGCACCAAAAUUUGGUUUGUAAUUGAACUUUGUGAGCCAAUUCAAGUGAAACAGUUUGAUAUUGCAAAUUAUGAAUUAUUUUCUUCUACUCCUAAAGAUUUUCUAGUUUCUAUCAGUGACAGAUAUCCUACAAGUAAAUGGAUUAAGCUGGGUACUUUUCAUGGUAGAGAUGAGCGGAAUGUACAGAGUUUCCCACUAGAUGAACAGAUGUAUGCAAAAUAUGUAAAGAUGUUCAUCAAGUACAUAAAGGUUGAGUUAGUAUCACAUUUUGGAUCAGAACACUUUUGUCCUUUAAGCCUAAUAAGGGUAUUUGGUACUAGCAUGGUGGAAGAAUAUGAAGAAAUUGCUGAUUCUCAGUAUCAGUCAGAACGCCAAGAGCUAUUUGAUGAGGACUAUGAUUAUCCAUUGGAUUAUAAUACUGUGGAGGAGAAAUCUUCAAAAAAUCUUCUUGGUUCCGCUACAAAUGCCAUUCUAAAUAUGGUGAAUAUUGCUGCUAAUAUUCUGGGAGCAAAAACUGAAGACUUGACAGAAGGAAAUAGAAGUAUAUCCGAGAAUGCCACUGCCACAACUGCACCUAGCAUGCCUGAGUCAGUUCCUGGUUCAGCUCCUGUUCCAGCACCUGAGUAUGUAAUCACCGAAGUUCAUGUACAUGAUACAGAACCAUCAAUAUCAGAUGUUCCAAAAGAAAGUCCAAUUGUACAACUGGUUCAGGAGGAAGAAGAGGAGGCAAGUCCAUCCACAGUGACCCUUUUGGGCAGUGGUGAACAAGAGGAUGAAUCAUUAACCUGGUUUGAGUCCGAGACACAAAUACUUUGUAGUGAACUGACUGCAAUUUGUUGUAUUUCUAGUUUUUCGGAGUACAUAUACAGAUGGUGUUCAAUGAAAAUUGCUCUUUAUCGACAGCGCAGCAGAGCUGCUAUGAGUAAAGGAAAAGAUUAUCUUGUGUCAGCUCAACCGUCCUUAAUGCUGCCUAUAGAGUCCAUUGAUGUUUCAGUAUUGCCACCUCCCGGUGAAGAUGUGGACAGCAAGAAUUUGGAAAGAGAAGCUGAAACUGUUGUUCUUGAUGACUUAAAUAGUAUGCACCAAGGUGAUUUGAUGAAUGACACUGUGGAUGUGAUUGAACUUGAACCAAGCCAUCCUCAUACUCUUUCUCAGUCUCUUCACUUAGAUAUUACUCCAGAAAUCAGUUCGUUGUCUAAAGUAGAAGGGUCUGAAUCUGUUAAAUAUGAGGGAGGACAUACACCAUCUCAAGUGAUUCUCCAAAAGAGUUCUGUUGAGGUUGAUGAUGAAACAGAAAAAAAGCCUGAGAGCUUUACUUCUGUAGAGAAGCCCUCUAUUAUUUAUGAAACGAGUAAAGUUAAUGAGAUAAUAGACAAUACUAUAAAAGAAGACAUGUCCUCCACAGAAAUUGUCACAAAGCUAUCUGAAACAAUGGUACCACCUAUAAACACAGCCACUAUGCCAGAUGCUGAAGAUGGUGAAACCAAAAUGAACAUAGCUGACACACCAAAGCAAAUAUUGGUUCCGGUUGUGGAUCUGUCAUUGCCUGAAGUAAAGGAAGAUGAACAGUCUCCAGAAGAUGCCCUUUUAAGAGGGUUACAGAGGACAGCUACAGAUUUCUAUGCUGAACUGCAAAAUUCUACAGAUCUGGGAUAUGCUAACGGAAAUCUUGUGCAUGGGUCAAAUCAAAAGGAAUCAGUAUUUAUGAGACUUAAUAAUCGUAUUAAAGCCUUGGAAGUUAACAUGUCUCUCAGUGGUCGCUAUCUGGAGGAACUUAGCCAAAGGUACCGAAAACAAAUGGAAGAAAUGCAGAAGGCUUUCAAUAAAACAAUAGUGAAACUUCAGAAUACUUCAAGAAUAGCGGAAGAGCAGGAUCAGCGGCAAACUGAAGCCAUCCAGUUGCUACAGGCACAACUGACCAACAUGACACAGCUUGUUUCAAACCUAUCAGCAACUGUAGCAGAAUUAAAACAGGAGGUUUCAGAUCGACAGAGUUACCUUGUCAUCUCUUUAGUUUUGUGUGUUGUCUUGGGACUGAUGCUCUGCAUGCAACGUUGUCGGAACACUUCUCAGUUUGAUGAAGAUUAUAUUCCUAAACUUCCUAAAAGUAAUCAAUAUCCGAGCCCUAAAAGGUGUUUUUCUUCCUAUGAUGACAUGAAUUUGAAAAGAAGAACAUCAUUCCCACUCAUCAGAUCCAAGUCUCUACAGUUUACUGGCAAAGAAGUAGACCCGAAUGACCUGUACAUCGUAGAACCCUUGAAGUUCUCUCCAGAGAAAAAGAAGAAACGCUGCAAAUACAAAACUGAAAAAAUUGAGACGAUAAAGCCUGCAGAACCAUUGCAUCCAGUAGCCAAUGGAGACAUAAAGGGGAGAAAGCCCUUUACGAACCAGAGAGAUUUUUCUAAUAUGGGAGAAGUUUAUCACUCUUCUUACAAGGGCCCUCCAUCUGAGGGAAGCUCAGAAACUUCUUCACAGUCAGAAGAGUCCUAUUUUUGUGGCAUUUCAGCUUGCACAAGUCUGUGCAAUGGACAGUCCCAAAAGACAAAAACUGAGAAGAGGGCUUUAAAACGAAGGCGGUCUAAAGUCCAAGACCAAGGAAAAUUAAUAAAAACUCUUAUACAGACUAAGUCGGGAUCAUUGCCGAGCCUGCAUGACAUAAUAAAAGGAAACAAAGAAAUCACUGUGGGAACAUUUGGUGUUACAGCAGUCUCGGGACACAUUUAAAAUUAAUUGAACUUUUCAUACUGGAGACUUUUUUGUUCAUUGAACAGUCUGUGGUAUUUGAUGGGUUUGGGAAGGGAGAAAAUACUGGGGAAAGUAUUCAGAAAUUAUGGUUUUUGCCUUUUUCAAAAGUAGACAGGAUUGUGUCAAUCUUGGUUAAUGAACUACAGUUUUACAAGGCUGAUCACGUAUUCAAGGACAAUGGUAGACAUUUUGUAAAGAUGCUUUUUCAUGGAUAAUUACUGGGACAAAGGUAAUUUGGAAGCCCAGUUCUCAGAUGGGAUAGGAAUGAAAGCCUACACCUCUUCCUUCAGCUUGGUUCCUAUUUCUCGCACCUUCCCAUAUUUAUGUGCCUUUUGUCUACUUAUAAUGCCACUGGAAGAGGAGGGAGAACUGUCGUUUGAUUUGUUUUGUAACUUUAUUAGAUUUUUGAAGCUGCAAACACUACAAGGCUUUAAGGUGGUCUGUGCUGAAGCUUGGCUUGUGGGUCAGAUGCCUAUAGAUCCUAAAGACUUGCCAACUCAGAACCGCUCAGCAAACUCACUGCAAAUAAAACUCACUUGCUGGAACUCUUAAAACUCAUUUUAAGUGAUGGUGAUAUUUUCACCCUUAGUUUCAUUUCAUUUAGUAGGACUGGAUUCAUUUUUCUUGAGUUACAAACUCAGUGAAACUGUCAGACCUUUGCUUGCAGAUGACAAGUGUUUGAAAGCAAACUUAGUGUGGAUUCACCUUUAAAUGCACUUAACUUUAUGAAGAUUUCUUUACAUUGCAUUUUAAACAUUUACAGUAAACACUCGUUCACCAAACUUUUAUGUCACUGAGAUCAGGUUUCACAUGAUUGAAUCACUGCCUUUGUACAUAUCCAGAGAGCCAGCCAGUGAGUUUGUUGAGCCUUAUUUUAAUGUUAUUGGUUAAGUCUAAUGGGAUUAUGAUACCUAGAUGCUUGCUUUGUAUUGGCUCCAAUGUGCAGAGAUCUGUAUGUGUGAUGCAAUGUCUGUCUUCGUUUGUCCUUUUUU